UGUUUUUCCCCUAGGUAUUUUUAUGGCCUCUGUCACAGUGGUGUCUCAGUGUCUUCCAGGCAUUUAUGGAUUUAUUCUGAGAACGUUCCUGUGAGGAGUAAGUCUGUGUCUGUAACGCUGGAUGUACUGACCACUUGCCUCAGACUAAAGAGGACUUGCUCUACUUUGGAAUAUGGUGCCUAACUUCUGCAUCCCAGUACUCACUGUGCCAGCAGCCAUCCUCUGCUGCUUGAUGCUGCCUUUAGCAGGAGCGGACAGCAAGCCAACGUUUAUGAAGGCUCCUGAAGAUCAGAUUGGGAUUUCUGGAGGAGUGGCCUCUUUUGUGUGUCAGGCAACAGGAGAGCCCAAGCCUCGUAUCACGUGGAUGAAGAAGGGGAAGAAAGUCAGUUCUCAGCGGUUUGAGGUUAUCGAGUUUGAUGAUGGAUCAGGAUCAGUUCUGCGGAUACAGCCCCUGCGUGUUCAUCGAGAUGAAGCUAUCUAUGAGUGCACAGCCACCAACAGUGUGGGGGAGAUAAACACCAGUGCCAAGUUAACAGUCUUAGAAGAAGACCACCUCCCUGCUGGCUUCCCAACCAUUGACAUGGGCCCACAGCUGAAGGUGGUGGAAAAGGCCCGCACAGCCACGAUGCUCUGUGCUGCCAGUGGGAACCCUGAUCCUGAAAUCUCCUGGUUCAAGGACUUCCUGCCCGUCGACACUGCAACCAGCAAUGGGCGAAUCAAGCAACUCCGCUCGGGUGGUACACCGAUCAGAGGAGCUCUGCAAAUAGAGAACAGUGAGGAGUCAGACCAAGGCAAAUAUGAGUGUGUUGCAACCAACAGCGCAGGAACCCGCUACUCUGCCCCAGCCAACCUUUAUGUCCGAGUGCGGCGUGUUGCUCCUCGAUUCUCUAUCCCUCCGAGCAACCACGAGGUGAUGCCUGGGGGGAGCGUGAACCUCACGUGUGUGGCAGUAGGUGCUCCAAUGCCCUACGUGAAGUGGAUGGCUGGUGUGGAGGAACUGACCAAAGAAGAUGAGAUGCCCGUUGGUAGGAAUGUCCUGGAGCUGAAUAACAUCAUGCAGUCUGCCAACUACACCUGUGUGGCCAUCUCUUCCCUCGGCAUGAUAGAAGCCACAGCCCAGAUCACUGUCAAAGCACUGCCAAAACCUCCGACAGAGCCAUUAGUGACUGAAACGACAGCUACCAGUGUGACCCUCACCUGGGAUUCAGGCAACUCUGACCCCAUUUCAUAUUAUGUCAUCCAGUACAAACCCAAAUCCCUGGAGGGCCAGUUCCAGGAGGUGGAUGGUGUGGCAACCACCCGCUACAGCAUAGGUGGGCUCAGCCCCUUCUCAGAGUACGAGUUCCGGGUCAUCGCAGUCAACAACAUCGGCAGGGGUCCCCCCAGUGAACUGGUCGAGGCCCGGACAGGAGAGCAAGCUCCUUCAAGCCCACCUCUCAAAGUCCAGGCACGGAUGCUGAGCGCCAGCACCAUGCUGGUCCAGUGGGAGCAGCCGGAGGAGCCCAAUGGACAGAUCCGAGGGUACCGCGUGUACUACACCACCGACCCGCACCUGCCUCUGAGCAUGUGGCAGAAACACAACACUGAUGACAGCCACCUCACCACCGUGGGCAGCCUCAUCACAGGCACCACCUACAGCAUCCGCGUCCUGGCCUUCACUUCGGUGGGCGACGGGCCCCCCUCGGACAUCAUCCAGGUCAAAACGCAGCAGGGGGUUCCUGCCCAGCCAGCUGACUUCCAGGCAGAAGCAGAGUCUGAUACCCGCAUCCUGCUGACGUGGCUGCCCGCCUCUCAGGAACGCAUUACUAAAUAUGAGCUGCUGUACUGGGAAGGGGAGGAUGGCACUCAGCAAAAGGUGGAGUUUGACCCAACCUCCUCAUAUGCUGUGGAAGGUCUCAAACCAGACACAUUGUAUAAGUUCCGUCUGGGUGCCCGCUCGGAGCUGGGAGUGGGAGUUUACACCCCCACGGUGGAAGCCAGAACUGCCCAAUCCACCCCCUCCGCCCCACCCCAAGAAGUCGAGUGUGUAAGCACCAGCUCCACCACCAUCCGGGUAAGUUGGGUGCCACCGCCCGCCCAGAGCCGCAAUGGGGUCAUCACCCAGUACUCCAUUGCCUACCAGGCAGUGGAAGGAGAUGACAACACCAAGCAUGUGGUGGAUGGCAUUGGACGGGAGCAUUCCAGCUGGGAGAUCAAGGACCUGGAGAAAUGGACCGAAUACAAGGUGUGGGUAAGGGCUCACACCGAUGUGGGGCCAGGACCGGAGAGCGUCCCCGUGCACGUGCGCACUGACGAGGAUGUGCCCAGCGCCCCGCCGCGAAAGGUGGAGGUGGAGUCUGUGAAUUCGACUGCCAUCCGGGUGAGCUGGAAGCUGCCCAUCUCCAACAAGCAGCAUGGGCAGAUCCGAGGGUAUCAGGUUACCUAUGUGAAGCUGGAAAACAACGAGCCCCGAGGGCAGCCAGUGAUUAAGGACGUCAUGCUGUCAGAAGCACAGUGGAGAGCUGAGGACUCCGUCGACCAUGAGACAGUCAUUGGAGGCCUGCUGCCAGAAACCACCUACUCCGUCACAGUUGCUGCCUACACCACCAAAGGAGAUGGUGCCCGCAGCAAGCCCAAAGUCAUCACCACCACAGGGGCAGUCCCGGGGAAGCCCACCAUGAUGAUUAGCACGACAGCCAUGAACACAGCCCUCAUCCAGUGGCACCCACCCAAGGAGAUGGUAGGGGAGCUGCUGGGUUACCGGCUGCAGUACAGACGUCUGGAUGAGGAAAAAAUGAACACGAUAGACUUCGGGAAGAGAGACCAUCACUACACAGUGACAAACCUGCACAAGGGGGCCACCUACCUCUUCAAAUUGUCUGCCAAGAACAGAGCUGGCCCAGGAGAAGAGUUUGAGAAGGAGAUCACAACUGCCGAAGAUGUGCCAAGCGGCUUCCCACAGAACCUGCGUGUGGUGGGUCUCACCACUUCCACCACAGAAGUUGCUUGGGACCCCCCGGUCUUGGCAGAAAGGAACGGCAAGAUCGUCAACUACACAGUGGUAUACAGAGACAUAAAUAGCCAGCAGGACCUGGUUAACAUCACCAAGGACACGAGUAUCACUUUGACAAAUUUGAAACCUGAUACCACUUACGACAUCAAAGUGAGGGCCCGCACCAAUAAGGGGGCUGGGCCACUCAGCCCCAGCAUCCAGUCCCGGACCAUGCCUGUAGAGCAAGUGUUUGCUAAGAACUUCCGUGUCAAUGCCGUCAUGAAAACGUCUGUGUUGCUGAGCUGGGAAGUGCCUGACUCCUAUAAAUCUGCAGUGCCUUUUAAGAUUCUGUACAAUAGCCAGAGUGUGGAGGUGGACGGCCACUCGAUGAAGAAACUCAUAAGUGACCUCCAGCCAGACACGGACUAUUCUUUUGUGCUAAUGAACCGUGGGAGCAGCGCAGGGGGGCUCCAGCACCUCGUCUCAAUCCGCACUGCUCCUGAUGUCUUGCAAAGCAAACCCAUCGCCACAAACAAGUACAUACAGGAAGGAAAAUUCACACUAACUCUUCCCAAAGUGCAGACCACUGUGCCAGUUCGGUGGUACUACAUCGUGGUUGUGCCAGCAGACCAGAGCACCAGCACCCUGACUGCUCGGUGGCGGACUCCGGAUGAGAUGGAGCUGGACCAGCUGCUGGAGGCCAUAAGCCAGGGGAGUCAGAGCAGGCGGCAGCGGCGCCAGGCAGACAGACUCAAACCCUACAUUGCUGCUCAAGUGGAUGUGCUGCCUGAGACCUUCACCCUGGGGGAUGAGAAGAACUACAAAGGUUUCUACAACAAGCCUCUGUCUCAAGACCUGAGCUAUCGCUGCUUCGUGCUGGCCUCGCUGGAGGAUGGGGACACGAAGAGAUAUGCAGCCAGCCCCUACUCCGAUGAGAUCGUGAUGGAAGUGGCAUCAGCAAAGCAGCAGGAUGAACCAGAGAUGCUGUGGGUGAUGGGACCUGUCCUGGCUGUGAUAUUAAUCAUCAUCAUUGUCAUUGCCAUACUUCUCUUCAAAAGUAAGCAAGAAAGGAAAAGGGCACAUUCCCCUUCUUCCAAGGAUGAGCAUUCCAUCGGCCUGAAGGACUCACUCUUGGCCCACUCGUCGGACCCAGUUGAGAUGAGGCGGCUCAACUACCAGACUCCAGGUGCCAGUGUCCCCUGUUGCCCGAAUAUCUCAAGCAUGCGUGACCACCCCCCCAUCCCCGUGACCGACCUCGCUGACAACAUCGAGCGGCUCAAGGCCAACGAUGGGCUGAAGUUCUCCCAGGAGUACGAGUCCAUUGAUCCUGGGCAGCAGUUCACCUGGGAGAACUCCAACCUGGAAGUGAAUAAACCGAAAAACCGCUAUGCAAACGUGAUAGCCUAUGACCACUCGCGUGUCAUCCUGACUUCCAUUGAUGGAGUCCCAGGCAGUGAUUAUAUCAAUGCCAAUUACAUUGAUGGGUAUCGGAAGCAGAACGCCUACAUCGCCACACAGGGACCGCUGCCAGAAACCCUCAGCGACUUCUGGAGGAUGGUGUGGGAACAGAAAACAGCAACUAUAGUCAUGAUGACCAGGCUGGAGGAGAAGUCCAGGGUAAAGUGUGACCAGUACUGGCCGAGCCGGGGUAUGGAAACCUAUGGGAUGAUCCAGGUGGCCCUGGUGGAUACAGUUGAGCUGGCGACCUACACCGUUCGCACCUUUGCGCUGUACAAGAAUGGCUCCAAUGAGAAGACAGAGCUGCGACAGUUCCAGUUCAUGGCUUGGCCCGAUCACGGGGUCCCAGAAUACCCCACCCCGAUCCUCACUUUCCUGCGGCGCGUCAAGGCCUGUAACCCAACAGAUGCUGGGCCCAUGGUUGUGCAUUGCAGUGCUGGCGUGGGCCGAACCGGCUGCUUCAUUGUCAUUGAUGCCAUGCUGGAGCGGAUGAAGCACGAGAAGACGGUGGACAUCUACGGCCACGUGACAUGCAUGCGCUCCCAGCGCAACUACAUGGUGCAGACAGAGGACCAGUACAUCUUCAUCCACGAGGCCUUGCUGGAGGCCGCCACGUCUGGCAAUACCGAGGUGCCCGCACGCAACCUCUUAGCCCACAUCCAGAAGCUGUCCCAGGUGCCACCAGGCGAGAGCGUUACUUUAAUGGAGCUGGAAUUCAAGAAUCUGGCCAAUUCUAAAGCACAUACCUCACGUUUCAUCAGUGCCAACCUCCCGUGCAACAAAUUCAAGAACCGCCUUGUGAACAUCAUGCCGUAUGAGCUGACGAGAGUCUGCCUGCAGCCCAUCCGGGGUGUCGAGGGCUCUGACUACAUCAAUGCCAGCUUCAUAGAUGGCUACAGGCGGCAGAAGGCCUACAUCGCCACGCAGGGACCACUGGCCGAGACCACAGAGGAUUUCUGGCGGAUGCUCUGGGAGCACGACUCCACCAUUGUGGUGAUGUUGACAAAGCUGCGUGAGAUGGGCCGGGAGAAGUGCCAUCAGUACUGGCCUGCAGAGCGCUCUGCCCGGUACCAGUACUUUGUGGUGGACCCCAUGGCAGAGUACAACAUGCCACAGUACAUCCUCCGGGAGUUCAAGGUGACGGAUGCCAGGGAUGGCCAGUCACGGACAAUCCGCCAGUUCCAGUUCACAGACUGGCCUGAGCAGGGAGUGCCAAAGACAGGAGAGGGUUUCAUUGACUUCAUUGGACAGGUGCACAAGACCAAGGAGCAGUUUGGGCAGGAUGGGCCCAUCACAGUGCACUGCAGUGCUGGGGUUGGGCGCACUGGUGUGUUCAUCACACUCAGCAUUGUGCUGGAGAGGAUGCGCUACGAAGGUGUGGUGGACAUGUUCCAGAUGGUGAAGACCUUGCGGACGCAGCGGCCAGCCAUGGUGCAGACAGAGGACCAGUACCAGCUGUGCUACAGAGCCGCAUUGGAGUACCUUGGCAGCUUUGACCACUAUGCAACGUAACAGUGCUUUCCUCCAGUCGCGGUGGGGAUGUCAAGGAGUGGAGACAGGUCUCUCUGAGCCAGAGCCACCCAUUCCUCAGUCCUGUACAGGUGGAGGUACUGCCCAGGCAGCAGACCUCCAUGCCAACCAGUUUUGACCACGGCAUUUAGGAACUUAGCCCCAGCGCCAAAUGAGGGAAUCCGACUCCAAAAGCAUUUCCAGUCUCUGGCUGAAUUUCUGCUCAUGUGCAUCUCUCACCCUCUCUCAUGCCGACUGCAUUUCACAGCAAGGCUUUAGGUGGGUGGAAUGGGAUCUUUUUUUUAAACAUGUAAAAUAGUUACUAGUGGUUUUUAUAAUCUUCUCUCUCUUUAUUUUUUAUUUUUUGCAAGUCUUAAUGUUUUGCCCAAGCAGAACUGGACCCGCCAAACCUUUGGGAGUUGGGUUUUGUUUUCUUAAUUUCCUUUUGCUUUUACAUUUUUUUACUGCCCUGUGUUUAUUUCAGCCCAGUCACUGCUGGUUCUGCCCAUUUUAGUGCAGCUUCCAUGGUAAUUUGCAGCAGCUGGCUUGUGGUUCCUGCCCAUCUCCAUUCCCCAUAGGCUUUUUAAUCCUCUGUAGAAUAUGAAAUUUCAUGGAACUGGACCUAAGCUACCAAUUAUUUUUUUAGUCUUCUUCCCCCCACCAUUAUUUCCUUAGUAGGUUUGGGUUUGGGAGGGCAUGUGGGGUCGCUGGAGAAGCGUCCCUUUGUCAGCUGGAAACCAUUCAGUCCUAUUACAAUACGUGUUCAACCAAUCCAGUGACCGUGUGUAUUGGCAGAUCCUGAUAUGACGUGAGUUGUCGUCGCCUUGUUUGUGAGAGACCCGAAAUCCCGGGCUCCAGGAAUUGGAACCUCUUUUUGUGUGUCUUGCUGGAAAGGGGCAGGAGUAUUGAGGGGGUCCCUCAGUUCCCCAGGGAGGGAAUGGAAAGAGCAAGAGAGCAAGACACGGCCCUUUGUGUUAAUCCCACGGUUCUGUGCGUGCAAGCGCCAUCCUGUCACCUCUCACCAGUGGAGUGCGUCAGAGCAUUGACAAAGACAAGGAGCACAAGCCUAGGCAAUCCACAGCAGAGCUGCACCAGCUCUCUUUGGAAGCAGGGUACUGCAGGGAAGGGGGGAAGGGGAGUACACAUGGCUUCAGAGGUUGGGUGUAUCUAUAAUUUCUGCUAUCCUGCAAAUGUUAAGAGUCACUAGAAUAUUGUACUUUCCGCUACUUCAGGAUGUUCUAAUGAACCAAUGUGGCAAGACUACUGGACUUAAUUUAAUGGUACUAUAUAUUAAUACUCCUUAUUAUAUCACGCUUGCACUAAAGAUGGGGAGUGAGCAGCCCUCUUUUGAGUGCAUUGAGUUAUGAAUAAAGGUGGUGGAAGGGUAUCUAAUUGUAUUAUCACAUGUAUUCCGAAUGUUAAGAAUCCAAGCUACGUUGAAAUCAGCAAUCCAGGGUUGGUAAUGUUGGAGGACACAUUCAUUUUUACCUUGUGGAUGCAUAGUGCUGUAGGGGUCACUGUUGUAUACAGUCUGUUUUCUAUUUGUUAAUAAAAAAAAAUCUACAGCAUCAUUGCAUAAUUCUUGAUGUUAAUAAAUUUGAAUAAUUGGGUUUCAUACAA